UUUUCCUUUUCCGUAGAGGCAAUCCCUGCCCUGUCAUUUUAUUGACGGACUUGCCAGCACAGGCUCAUUUCUCCUGAAGUUAAUGGAAGAAACUCAAGUGCUGCUGUUUCCUCCCUCUCCUUGUCCAGUGGUUUCAUGAUCAUGGCUUUCUUCUCUCCGAGCUCCCAUCCCAGUGAGACCCUGCAAAUCUAGACUGCGAACUCAGCUAGGAAACAGUACUAUUAAAAAUGACUGAAGAACCUGUAAAGGAGAUCUCGGGAACCCCAAAAUCUCCAAAGCAGGGGACAAUGGAGAAGAGCACCAAGAAGGAAGUCGUGAUCAACACAGUCCCCUUGGUCAGUGAGAUUCAGCUGACGGCUGCUACAGGGGGUGCUGAGCUCUCCUGCUACCGGUGCCUUAUUCCCUUCGCUGUGGUAAUAUUCAUUGCUGGGACAGUGGUCACUGCUGUGGCCUACAGCUUUAAUUCCCACGGCUCCAUCAUCUCCAUCUUUGGCUUAGUUGUUCUGUCAUUGGGACUUUUUUUGUUAGCCUCCAGUGCAUUGUGCUGGAAAGUAAGACAACGAAGUAAGAAAGCCAAGAGAAGGGAGAGUCAGACAGCUCUUGUAGCCAAUCAGAGAACUUUGUUUGCUUAAGACUAUUUGGGACCAAGGGGGUUGUGUGACCUGAAAACCUGCUCUCACUUUAGCAGGCUGCACC